UAUCCGUUUGAUAAUACACUAUGCCGUUAGUAAUAGUAGAAAUAGUAUUAUAUCUUGCUGGUUGGUGUCGACUGAUCGGUAAUGGCGACCGCAACACCCAUUCUCCCGCUUGCCUUCCUGGCCCUUUGUUCUUUUACUUUCAUCAACAUCACCGACAACCGCCACUGCGAGACAGAGAAAGCCAGGGCAGAGCAUCGUUAUCCGUCUACAGGCUAUAUUAGGUUACGACUGCUACUGCCAUCACAACGACUCUUUGUUCCAGCUACAACUACUGUGGCAUAUAUGGGCAAGCACCAACAUGGCGGCUCGUCCGCAGGAUCUCUGCACUCACUCCGUUUCCUGGUGACCGUAACAACGAUGAUCGGGAUCGAUGCAACCGCAGCAGUCGAGGAAAGCCAACCGGAACGUAUUAGGUGUUGAAUCACAUGUAACCAGAUUGAGCACGACACCUUGAAGAUCGAUUAUUUAUAGGAGAGAAUAAUGUGUGUUGAUACGAGGAUGCUUUUUACGUAUUCUAACAGAGUCAGA